AUGACAAGGGGAUAUUACUUUUUUGGCUUAAUGUUUGUCAUAACAUCAUGCGAAGGUUUACGGAACCAGCAGAACGUUUGUCCAAGCUUAAACGCUGUCCUUGGUACAGAAAUAAACCUGCACGACCUUGAAGAAAACUCAGGUUCGUACGAGGCCAUCAUCGAUGCAAUCAAAGAUACACUGGUUGCAAAUGGUGUGGUCGUCAUUCGAAAUCGGACGAUGAACAGAGUUGAGCAGUCCAAUUUCACUGGGAAUUUCGGUCCAGUGAUCGUUGUUCCUAAAUCCUUCGAGGGCAAGGAAGCAGAACCUGGGCUACCAGCGAUUCAAAGGGUCACCAACUAUUUCUACAAUGGAACAUGGAAUAGCGGGGACGAUUGUUAUGGAUGUUAUUGGCACAAGGACGGGAAUUUUAAUUCGGCCGAUUACAUAGCAAGUAUACUCUAUGCUGAACGAGUGGCGAAAUUAGCGAAAACUACGAUGUUUCUGGAUAACUGUGCCGCCUACGACCUCAUUCCUCCGGCGCUAAGAACACGGAUCCAGGGCACAAUCUUCUCAGUGUCGGUACGAGACAUUCCAGACUUUAAGGAUGGCACGGAGGAGGACUUUGCCCUAUAUCCAGACUCAGCAAGGCAUCCUAUAUUUUACACACACCCGGGCUCCGGACGUCGGUGUCUGUAUAUGACCAACACUAUGGUCACGCUGCGACCUAAGAGUCAGGACGAAAUGGCAGAUCUGAAGAAGGCCUGGGAUAUCAUGAUUACUCAGGCGCCCAAGUAUCACCACUAUUGGACGGCGGGAGAUGUUGUCAUUUAUGACAAUCUGGCGGUGAUGCACAGAGCAGGCGAGAUACGGUCCGGGUUUUCCCCUAGAGAUCCAAGAAUGCUUUUCAGAACACAAUAUCACAUCAGUAAUACCACCAGAGAAAAUAAUUUGGUCCGUCAAUUUUCUUCCUCGCGUUCUUGA